AACCCGGAAGAGGAAGUGGCGACGCUGAGGCGGCUGCCGGAAGUUGAAAGGACCCGACUCGGUUUGUUUUGGUGGCAGCUGACGGGGACGGCGCUUCUGUUCCGCAGGCUUCGUCGCGGGUGGUUCGCCAUGGUGUGCGAGAAGUGUGAGAGAAAACUUGGUACUGUAAUUACACCUGAUACAUGGAAAGAUGGUGCAAGAAACACCACAGAAAGUGGUGGGAGAAAACUAAAUGAAAACAAGGCAUUGACAUCAAAGAAGGCAAGGUUUGAUCCUUAUGGUAAAAACAAAUUUGCAAUAUGCCGAAUUUGCAAAAGUUCAGUUCAUCAGCCAGGCUCCCACUACUGCCAGGGAUGUGCCUACAAAAAGGGCAUCUGCGCAAUGUGUGGGAAGAAAGUGUUGGAUACGAAAAACUACAAGCAAACAUCCGUUUAAUUAUAUACUACGAACUUUUUCUUGACCAGCUUUAAAAACAAUUAUCAACGUUGGGAAAAAAUGACAGAGACCUUCAGAAUUUGCAUGGACCUUUAGUUGCACUGUGUUAGUGCUGAUUGUAAACCUGGAUAAAUGGUCCUAUUCACACCUGUAUAAAUUUAUAGUAAGAAAACUCUGGUGUAUUAGCAACUUGAUAUGGUCACAAUUGCCAUUUGGUGUUUUGAUCUAGUGAUAUUAAUAGUGAUCUGCUAGUGACACUUAAUGGUAUAAAUAGAAAAAAUGUUUCAAUUCAACUCAUUAGGCUUGUUUUGAGGAAAAACUCAAAAAAGCCAGAUCAACUUUUUUCUUCACCCCACUGCUAUAACAAGAAUUUGUAGAUUGCAAGUCUAUCAGCAGAGGGACUGAUGAAAUGGCAUAAAAUGAUUUUUUUAUGGUUUACUUGCAAAUGUAUAAAACGCUGCACAACUUAGAACCCACCAAGCCAACCACCAGGAGCUCUGUAAGCUUCCCGGUUUUGUUGCCUGCGAAAACAAAAUGUUCUCAAGAAGCUGACAGGUUAAACUACAUGUUUGGUGGGCUUCAUUCAACUAGGUGAGUCCAACAUUCUUAGAACCUGGUAUAUAACAAGUGUGCUGUCAUUGCCAGCAUUAUUUCCUUUAAUCUGGUUUUGUUGGGAUGAAGCUUGAAGUUGAAUGAAGAAACCUAGAAUAAAUUAGCCUUUAACUUCAUGAUUCAAAAUUGGCGUUGUGGCAUUACUUGUGCAUGGAUGAAAGAGGUGCUUAAAAAAAGAGGUGACUACCAUAUAAUCUUGGCUGAGGGUGGUAUUAGGGUGUUCUUGUGUUAUUUUUGUUUCUUAGUGUGUUAUUCUUUGAUCUGUUCAAUAGUUAAUACAUCCCUUGCAUAUUGGUGUUGCCAUUUUGUAGAGAAUAGAAGCAA